GCCAAUAGUAAUGUUUCUAUGCCUUUGUAAGGUACAUUACAAUACAGUAACACGACCAUACACAGCCGUAGCCGCCCGCUGUACACCGUGACUGCGACCACCACCGCGACAUUCAACCACUGACGAGGUCUGAUUCACCAUGGCUUCAAAGCCAUCCAGCCGUCAGAAAGUGGUUAAGCCAUCCUCUACUCCUGCGCGCAAGCAGCAGAAGCCAGCGCCAGCGAAGAAACAACCCCUCUCCAACGAAGAUCGCUUGAAGCGACUAUUCACAUCUCUGUGCGCGCAGAUAGACGGCGGGUAUUUCGUGAAUGCAAUCAAGACAUGCGACAAGAUACUACGCGUCGAUCCGCGAGACCAAGACGCGCUGCAGACGAAACUCUUCCUGCUCCUACAGACGGAGCGAUAUGUUGCAGCCCUUUCGUUGAUUAGCGGUGUCAAUGAGAAUGGCGGACAGAGUCAAGAUGACGCGUUCGCGUUCGAGAAAGCAUACACACUGCACCGUUUGCAUCGGGAGGAUGAGGUUACGGACGUGUUGAAGUCACUCAAGGAGAAAGGUGUCGAGGAGAACCGAGGAGUUUCCCACAUGGAGGCACAGCUCGCGUAUCGAGAAGGCGAGUACCAGACAGCCUACGACCUCUACAACACUCUUCUCGACACCGCUGAGCCACACUCCGACGAGCAAGCCGAUAUUCUGACCAACCUCUCCGCCGCCCAGGCGCACCUCGACUUCCUCACUUCUGACUAUCUUACCUCCCUCUCCGCGCUCCCCCAGUCUAUCACGGACUCCCUCGAGUCUGCGCCUCCUCCUGCAGUGCUCGCGCCUUCGAUCCCGACUGCGGCGGCACAAAGCAGGGACGCCCCACAGCCCCAAGCCCCGCAGAAGAAGCCUCGGACACGCAGGAUACCGAAAGGCGUCGUGCCCGGGGUAACCCCGCUGCCCGACCCAGAGAGAUGGCUGAAGAAGAGUGAGCGAUCGAGCUUCCUGCAAGCGCAUGCUAGGCGGAGAGGAAGAGGUGGCGGGGGAGCGACGCAGGGUGUGGUGGAGACCCCUGGUGCUACCGCCGGCGGAGGCGGUGGAGGUGGAGGUGGAGGCGCGAGUAAAGGAAAGAAGAAGGGAAAGAAGUAGAGCUGAGGAGCAUGCUGAAUGUAUAUCAUUAUAGUCAGGAAGCCCUCCUAACUUGACAGCGCCGUCUCAUUACUGUGCCAUAACGAAGGCUCCGCAUGCAGGAACGUGGAUGUACGUCUUGUAGCUUGCUGGAGCUGGCCCCAUCUCUGUGUAUCUUGUCCACCGGCGAUCAAAGCAGUCCCGCAAUUACCGUGUGCUACGUAGCACAAAGUUG